UGCGCACCUCAGUGGUUAGGUUGCCCUCUCUCCUGCUCCCGAUCCGUGGACGUUCACUUGUUACGUCUCCCCCUGAGUUGUCGACCACUGGAGUACGCGGGGUUAGCGUGCCUUCCGUAAGCUGACGAAGGUCCCAUGCUGGCUGCAUACGCCCGCUUCCGGGUGUAACAGGCCUCCCAGGCUGGUUCCGAGGUGUAGCCGGUGGCGUAGCCGGUUGACCUGUGGGUUUGUUAGCCCCACCAGCCCGGUUGCCCCGCCUACCUCUCCGACGGGUCAUCUGUCAGCACGACCUGUGCCGGCCGUUAUCCCAUGCAUUAAAUACCUGGCCAUGGCAUACGACCAAAAAUCGUGCAGCACUGGCUGCUGCCCCAAUAUCAUGCGUCGAGCUCUCCAAGCCACACGUUCCUCACUCCCUUCCCGACCCCGACAUCACCACCAAUCUCGCAAGCGAGCGCUGCACGUCUACACCCACGGCGAGGGUUUCCUUGGCGCGCUGGGUCAUGGCGACUUCUCGGCGCGAGAAGAGACGCUCCCCGUUGCGGCCCUCGCGUCCAGGGAUCUGCGCUGCGCUAGCGCGGGCUGGACGCACUCCGCUGCCGUCUGCAGAGACACCGGGGAGGUGCUGGUGUGGGGCCGGCCGUUCGACCUGAAGCAGCCCCUGCGGAUAAACCGCAUCCAGCGCCUGUUCCCGUUCGUUGUCACCGCGAUCAACGCCCUCGCGAGCUCGAGAGAGGUCCUCCCGAGCCCGGUCCCCGUCCCGCUGAUCGCGAAGCCCUCCGCGGCUUCGACGGCCUCUACGAUCACCGCCGCCUUCCACGACGCCCGCCCGUCGUCGUACUCUCUACCGGCCCCUUCCUCCCUCAGGGCGAAUAGCGUUGCGUGCUCGGCCGCCCUCACCGUGGUCCUCGGCGAAGAUGGCAAGGUCUACUGCAUGGGGUACAACCGGUGGGGUCAGUGCGGCCAGGGGCCCGAGAACGAGUUCACCGUGUUCGAGCCGCUUCGAGUCGGCGGGCGCGCGCUCGAGAGGGAGCAGGUGGUCAAGCUGGCCGUCGGCCUCCAGCAGGUGCUGGUGCUCUGCGAGAGCGGCCGGGUGUUCGGCUGGGGAAAAGGGUUGAGGGGGCAGCUGGGCGUCGGCGACGAGACGAUGGAGCUCCCUGAGGAAGUCGAACUACCCGGCAAGGUCGUGGACCUCCGCAGCGGUUUCAGCCACGCCGUCGCCAUCCUCGAAAACGGUGAUGUCUACACCUGGGGCAAGAUGCAGGGCACGGAGGUGAAGACGGACGGCAGGGUCCCCGUGUAUCAUGACCAGCUUCACCCCCGCAAGGUGGACGUCGGAGGAGGCCGAGCCGUCGAGGCCUUUUGCUCAUCGUCCAACACCAUGCUGAGGAUGGAGGACGGCAGGGUGCUCAUGUGGGGUUUCGAGGCCGACACUCGGAGAACGGUGCCGACGCCGGUUGAGGUGGACAUCCCAGCGUCUGAGCCCGGAUCGUUCUUCGGCGGUUUCAAUGACACCAUUGUCAAGACAACAACCGCAGUCGAUCUUCCGACCUUCCAUCGGGUCUCUUUCACGAGCGCGGGCGCGAGGGUAACUCCUUUCACCUUGCCCGGCCUAGCCGAAGGGACGCGCGUAGAUUCCGUCUCGGUAGGCUGGCAGCACACUGUCGUUCUGGUGCAUUAAGCAGAGGGGGGUGGAGUGCUUUUUGUAAAUGAAACGAUUCUUGACGCAUGCAGCAAUACUCAUUGUCAUGUACAGUUGUUUGUGAUCCAACCCAGCAAGAAUGUGCGGGCUGAAAGUAGUCAUUUCUGGUUGGUGACGUCGGACGCGUAAAUGAGACGGCCCCUGACUUCAGAGGAGAAAAACGCCUGUUCGAGAGGAAGACAUACAUUUUGUGUGCGUCGAAGUUUUCUUCAUGUGAAGGAAAGGAAUGUUGAUGUUAUGGCACAGAACAACAUAUUCGCACGAUUGAGAGCGAAGUAUCUGAUUGAGAGCGAGAUCGUGCGAUACGAUGUAGGUUGUCUACUGCUGAGAGGUAGAGCUUGCUGUGCGGCUUGAAUUGAAGGGCUUGCCCAUAGCUACAAGCCGAUACCCGGGUCAUCCUGCGGGUGUCUCGCGUUGUGGAGCUAUACGGCGGAGUAGAAGCUACGGGAGGGCCUACCGCGCCAGGCGACGGCGCCCUGAAACAGUUCCGGGCAGGAAUAGCCAAUGUGGGGAAAUCUAGCAACGUGCGUAGCUCCUCGCUGCUGCAGCCGAUCGCAGUGACACGCAUAUGCACGCGAAGCUGCUGAAGAGAGCUUCAAUUUGCGCCGCUUUUUGGAAGAGCCCGUCCCCUGCUUCCCGAGAAAUGACGGGAGGCGUCUGGACCCGAAUUUCAAUUUUUUUGGUACUCGCUCUCAAUCGGAAACUUCGCUCUCAAUCGUGCGAAAACUCUGUUACAGAGGGAAUGGUUUGUGGACCGGGAGUGGUUUCGGGACUCCUUCCUCCAUGAGAUUUUCGGGUGUUCCUUGUCGGAAGGGGCGGGCUCAUUCUAGCGGCGGCAAUCUUGUCAAGACUCGUGGAAUUAAAAUUUGAACAUUCGAAAUUUGUUGGUCUCUCACUCUCGUUCAGACUAGUUGGAAGUGUUUCAAUGAAGUAUUUCUUGCUUCGUCACGCCCUUUCUAUUUUGCGUGCGAAUGUUGCUGAAUGUUUCGGCGGUGCAACGUAGGCUAGACUGUCACAUUAUUAACAGUUGGUCUCGUUGGGAAUAGUAAUAGUUGUUAGUGUUGGUUCAUUAACCCCGCCUUCCCUCCUUCCGAAUAAAAAAACAUGCCCUCUGCGAUUUCGCACAACGGCUCACUUUCUUACU